AACUUCACCUCUCUCUCUCUACUUCUCUACUUCUCUUACUUCUCUACUCUCACUUCUCACAUCACAUCACUUCUUCCCUGUCUUAAUCCUGUUACCAUCUACUGUUAGAUUCCUAUUGCAGCUUCUCUUAACUUGACAUCAUGUCAGAUCAACCCCGCCCCCGCGGCGGUGGUCGCGGUCAAAACUAUCGUGGCGGAGACCGUGGAGACCGCGGAGGUGGUCGCGGAGGAGGUCGUGGCCGAGGGGAUUUCCAAAAUCUCCCCUUCCGCCCUUCUGGGGGUGACCGGGGUGGCAAUCGUGGAUAUGGCGAUCGCGGUGGUCGCGGUGGUGAUCGGGGCGGCCGUGGAGACUAUCGGGGUCGUGGCAAUGAUCGUGGAGACUAUCGGGGUCGUGGCAAUGAUCGUGGAGACUAUCGGGGUCGUGGCAAUGAUCGUGGAGGUUAUGGAGGCCGUGGCAAUGAUCGUGGUGGUUAUGGAGGCCGUGGAGGCCGAGGAGGUGGUGGUGGCCCUCGGAUCUACAAUGAGGGCAAGCCUAUCACCCCACCUGAUGCUACGGUCAUCAAGACAGAAGAUGCCAUGGCCAAGGCGCUUGUUGCAAGUCGCCAGAAGAAUGCAAAGAACCCUGCUCAGGCAUAUCCCGACCGGCCAGGAUACGGCACUCUCGGUCGGCCUGUCACGCUCUAUGCUAAUUACCUGCCUCUGACCUCGGUGGGCAAACCAAUCUAUCGCUAUCAUGUCGCCAUCGCCGCAGAGGGCGGACGAGAGCCUGCUGGCAGAAAGGCACGACAGAUCGUGCGUCUCCUGCUGGAGGAACAUUAUUCUGCCAACUUGAAGAGCAUUGCAACCGACUACCGGUCAACUCUCCUCUCCGUCACCAAGCUCACUGAAGGCCAACUCGAUGUGCGCUACAAGGACGAGAACGAUGAGGAAUAUUCCGAAAACCCAAAGGUCUUCAAGGUCACCGUUCAACACACUGGUGACAUCAACCCCGCCGACUUGAUCAACUACCUCACCUCCACCAAUGCAGGUGACAUGCUGACCUCCAAGCCCGAAAUUGUCCAGGCUCUGAAUGUGAUUCUCGGCCACCAUCCCAAGACAGAACGCUCGGUCGCCUCCAUCGGCGGCAAUAGACAUUACAGCCUUCAGCAAGGCCUCAUGGAAAAGGCCACCCUUGAGGGCGGUCUGGAGGUGCUACGCGGUUUCUUCGUCAGUGUGCGUGCUGCCACAGCCCGUGUCUUGUUGAAUGUCCAAGUCAAAUACUUGGCCUGCUACAAAUCGGGCCCCUUGGCAUGGACCUUGAGAGAGUGGAUGGAUGCCAACCGCAAUCAGAGUCUCUACCGACUCGAAGCCUUUGUGAAGCGCAUGCGCGUUUGCCCUACACACAUCAAGCGCAAGAGCAAGAAUGGCAAAGAACGGCCCGCUCGCGUGAAGACCAUCUCGGGUCUGGCCACCCCUCGCGAUGGUGGCACAUCAGCCAACAAGCCACAGGUGAAGAACUACGGAUCUGGUCCCCACGAUGUUAGGUUCUUCUUGGAGGCACCUGGCUCGCAGUCUACAUCACCUGGAAAUGGGGAAGGCAAGGGCAAAAGGGGCAAAAAGGCCGCUCCCAAGGCUGGCCCAGCUCGAGCCGGUCAAUACAUCAGUGUUGCUGAUUUCUUCAAGCAAGAGUACGGCCUCGCCGUGGAUCCUGACCUCCCUGUGGUCAACGUUGGAACUCGAGAGAAGCCUGUCUACCUUCCUGCGGAUGUUUGCGAUGUUGAGGCUGGUCAACCAGUCAAAACCAAACUCUCCCCAAAACAGACUCAGAACAUGCUCAGAUUCGCUGUCAUGCAUCGUACGCCAGCACAGAAUGCUGAGUCCAUUGCCACGAAAGGUGUUGGUUUAUUGGGAAUCGGUCAACCACUAAACGCCACCCUGGCUUCCUUCGGCGUCAACUUAGGUAACAACCUGAUCACGGUGCAGGGCCGUGUCCUGCCAGCACCCCCCAUCAUGUACGCCAAGCAGAAAGUGCUUCAGGCCAGGGGUGGCAGCUGGAACAUGCAGUCCAUUCAGUUCUCUAAGCCUGCUACACUCAAGAACUGGACUUGGCUUUGUAUCGACUCUAACAGGCCCGGUCUCACCCAAGAAAGUCUGAAUCAUGCACUAUCUGGGUUUACCCUGACUCUCCGAGAAAUGGGCAUCGCGGUUGAUCAGCCGAAGCCAGGAAUUAGGCUCGUGUAUCAAUGGAAUGUCGACAACGCUCCGGCUAUCGAAAGGGCCGUACGUGAACUGCAACAGAAGCACCAACCCCAGCUCAUUUUGGGUAUCCUUUUUGCCAAGGAAGCCCAGGUCUACAACAUUGUCAAGCAGGUCUGCGACGUCCGCUGUGGUGUACAAAAUGUGAACGUGCAAGCCGAAAAGCUCUCGAAACCUGGCGGUCCUGGCCCUCAAUACUGGGCAAAUGUAGGCCUCAAGGUUAACCUCAAGCUGGGUGGUGCCAACCAAACCCUUCGAAACUCGGAUAUGGGCUUCUUCGCCGAUGGCAAGACCAUGCUCGUUGGUCUCGACGUUACUCACCCCUCCCCCGGUUCCACCAGUUCCGCACCCAGUGUGGUCGGCAUCGUCGCCUCGGUCGAUGCGCAACUAGCACAGUGGCCCGCAGACAUCCGCAUCCAGCCCGCGCGCCAGGAAAUGGUUUCUGACCUGGACGCCCUUCUCCAAUCCCGCAUCAGGAUCUGGGCAAAUCACAACCAGGGCAAGUUCCCAGAGAACAUCGUCGUCUAUCGUGACGGCGUGUCAGAGGGCCAAUACGACACAGUCAUUGAGAAAGAACUGCCCCUCCUCAAGAAAGCCUGCCAAACCAUCUACCCAGCCUCCGACACCAAGAAGGGUCUUCCCCGCAUGGCCAUCGUCAUCGUCGGAAAACGCCACAACACCCGCUUCUACCCAACAAACGAGAGUGAAACCGAGCGCUCCGCCAACCCCCAGCCCGGCACCAUCGUCGACCGCGGCAUCUCCGAGUCCCGCCACUGGGACUUCUACCUGCAAGCCCACUCCGCGCUCCAGGGCACCGCCCGUCCCGCCCACUACUUCACCGUCUGGGACGAGAUCUUCUACCCACUGCACCCAAGCGUGGCACCCGGUGCCGGCGCCGCUGACAAACUCCAGGACCUGACACACAAGAUGUGCUACCUCUUCGGCCGGGCCACCAAGGCUGUUAGUGUGUGUCCGCCCGCCUACUACGCCGAUCUCGUCUGCACCCGCGCUCGCUGCUACAUGAGCGGUCUCUUCGACCCAACUCCCAGUGGUACUCCGGCGGGUAGUGUCGUCGGUGGAGAAAGUGGUGAGCGUGCUCCCGAGGCCAGCCAGGCAACUGUUCACCAUAGCGUCAAGAAUUCCAUGUUCUACAUUUAAGCGAAAGUAUUUCAAUCAUUGGGUUGGUUGGGAGGGCGAUUGCAAUAUUUUUUACUUUUUUGUGAAUGUGUCGGGCAUUUGGAUGCCUACUUUUCUCUUGGGCUGGAAUUGAAUCCAUCCUUCCUGGUCUGCGAUUUAUUGUGGUCAUGUUGUUCUUGAAGUUCUUGGUUUCUCCUUGGCUUCUUGUGACUCUGGAUGUCGCUGUCCUUCGGAAUUUUGGUUGUAUUAUUAUUGCGGCUUUGGAGCCGCCAUCUUACCUUUUGGGGCUGCUUUUCUUCUGGCUUUAGAAGCCGCUAACCUUGGGUUUCUGGCACUGCUUUUUCUGCGGUUUAGGUGCCGCGGACCUUGUUUCGGUUUCAGUGUCUCUGCGGCUUUGGAUGUCGUUCUCCUCAGGAUGUCGACGCUGCUCUCUCUACGGCUUUGGAUGCCGCAGUUUCCGAUGUUUCCCGGCGCUGCUGUCUUCGCAGCUCUGGGUUCCGCGUUCCUUUUGCUAUUGAUUUUCGAUUCCCCUCGGAUACUUGGAGAUCUAUCACGGACUAUUGGACCUUGGAUCUGUGGUUUGACUCUUUGUUAAGUUUUACGUAGCAUAGAAAUUGGAAAUUGAUCCUUAC